AUGGUAGAAAAGACUCGGCGGGAUGCUGGCAGAGCUUGGGAUAAGUUUUACAAGGCGCAUGAAGACCGGUUCUUUAAAAAUCGAAAUUGGACUGACAGGGAAUUUGACGAAUUGCGCGAAGAUACACCUAACCUAGUACACGGAGAAGAACCUGUUCUUCUUGAAGUUGGGUGUGGUGUUGGCAACACGGUCUACCCACUACUUGAGAAGAAUGCUAAACUUCGCGUUCAUUGCUUUGAUUUUUCACCACGCGCCAUUGACAUCGUGCAAAAAAAUCCUUGCUAUGAUCAACAUCGUGUGAAUGCAUUUAUUCAUGACUUACUUGAUGGACAAUCUACGCAAGUGCUUCUACAUCAGUUGAAGCAGCGUCCGAACUGGCCCCCAGUGUCGACGCUUUCAAUCAUCUUCGUGCUCUCUGCCAUCCCGCCUCAGGACCAGGUGCGGAUGCUUCGGUCACUUAUUACCGCUAUUCCUCUAGGAGCUACGGUGGUGUUCCGAGACUACGCACAUGGAGAUCUCGCGCAUCUACGAUUCCACACACGUAAAGACGCUCAAUGGUCCGAGCCUAGUCUACUAAGUGAUGCGCACCACUGGUAUCGAAGGGGAGAUCAUACCAUGGCUUACUUUUUCUCUCGCGACGAAGUCGAGCGUCUGUUUGCUGAGGCCGGAGGCGUAACUGGUGUAGUUGAAGAAGUGGUCCACACAAAGGUGAACAGAAAAACAAGCACCAUCAUGGAACGUCGCUUCAUCCAAGCACAAUUUGUUCGCAUAGAUACAUAA